AAGACGUUAAGGCUACACUCAGUGUUGAAGUGGGGUAAAAUGAGCCUUAUGCAGACUUAAGUACGGUUACGGGUGGUUGGUGUGAUUUGUCCAAUUUCGAGCAAUUUGCUGCAUAAUUAGUUCUGACUUUGUGUGGAGUGGUUCUCUAAAUUAAUUGUUUAAUCACCAAGAUGUUGCAACAAUUCGAGUUAAGUGACGAUCACUUCCAGACGUGUGACACUACAAGCACAAAUCUGAGUACACCGUUCUCGGUUAAAGACAUUUUAAAUAUUUCUAAUGACAGUGUUUACUACAAUACAAACAAUACUGUGAAGAAGGAGCCUCCCUACUAUGGAGGGAAUUGUUAUUGGGAUCCCUAUGAGCAAUAUGGAAAUUAUAACUUUAUUAAUAGCAGCUCUCAGGAUGGAGAUAUUUCAUACGAAAAAUUUGGUAACUGCGGAAGCAGUUAUGAUAAUACACAGCAAGGGCAGUAUGGUUAUAUGCAUAGUCCUGAACAGAAUGGGCUUAAGAAUGAGGAGUAUAUAAAGGUGGAGAGUCCAAAACAACAAGUGACCAGCUCGAAAACCGAGCUGCGGAAAUCAGGGCGCCAACGUUCGAAACGAAAACCACGUGUCCUAUUCUCCCAGGCCCAAGUGUUCGCCCUGGAGCGCCGCUUCAAGCAACAAAAGUACCUGUCGGCUCCCGAACGGGAACAACUGGCCCAAAGUCUGAAACUCACCCCGACCCAAGUGAAAAUCUGGUUCCAGAACCGACGCUACAAGUGCAAGAGGCAGAAGAUCGAGAAGGCGGAAGUGGAUAAAAAAAUGACAGGCGUCGCUGGACCGCUCGAACAGCAAGGGGUCAGCAGUAGUUUUUGUAUGACACAGCAGGCGGGGUAUAUGUUUCCUAAUGCUGUUUCCAGCCCUGUGUAUACUGUCAAUGAUUAUACGAAUUGUAUCGAUAAUAUGAGGUAUACUGACUAUGGGUAUCCUUGUUAAAAAAUAUGUAAAAAAAUUUAACACAGUUUUUAAUAGUUUAUAAGACUUUUUUUAGAUUUAAGACAGUGAAAUACAUUUUCUAAAAAUGUUUCAAAACAAAUUAGGCAUCAUUAACACUUAAAUUUGUAUAAGUACUAGGGUGAAUCAUUUCCGCAAAGUUUUUGUUUUUU